UGGGAGGUGCCAGCCGCUUCCCGCCCCUUCCCCUCUCCCUGCGGGCUCGGCGCUGAGGAGGCGCCUGACCGCGGCAGCAUCUUCCCUUGGCUCGCCGGGGCGGGGGGAGGAGCCGCCGCCGCCGCCUCGGAGAAGGAAGGGGGACACAAGCACAAGUCCAUAUGGAGGAUGAACCUCCUCCUCAAGGAGUCAGUGCCAAGGCCUUGGAGGCAACACUCUUGUCAGCCCUGAAGAUGCUGGAUGUUGGGAAAUGGCCGAUUUUUUCUCUCUGUUCCCCAGAACACAUCAAGUUAAUUCGUCAAGCCUGUGUAUUUGGCAGUGCUGGUAAUGAAGUGUUGUAUGCCACUGAAAAUGAUGAGGUUUUUGUGCUUGGCAUGAACUGCAGUGGCUGUUUGGGAACAGGAGACAUGCAGAGCACUAUAAUACCAAGGAGGUUAGAUUCCCUGUGUGGCAAAAAGAUAGCCUGCCUGAGCUAUGGAAGUGGCCCUCAUGUUGUUCUUGCUACAGAAGAAGGAGAAGUGUAUACAUGGGGUCAUAACGCUUACAGUCAGCUGGGCAAUGGUACAACAAAUCAUGGCUCCAUUCCCUGUCAAGUCUCUACUAACUUGGUGAACAAGAAAGUCAUUGAGGUUGCCUGUGGCUCUCACCACUCCAUGGUGUUAACCUCUGAUGGAGAGGUGUACACAUGGGGUUAUAAUAACUCGGGCCAGGUUGGAUCUGGUUCAACAGCAAAUCAAACAAUUCCUCGAAGAGUUACUGGCUGCCUACAAAAUAAAAUAGUUGUUAAUAUAGCUUGUGGGCAGAUGUGCUCUAUGGCUGUGGUGGAAAAUGGAGAGGUCUAUGUCUGGGGGUACAAUGGGAAUGGCCAGCUGGGGCUGGGCAGCAGCGGCAACCAGCCCACGCCGUGCCGGAUCGCAGCCCUGCAGGGCAUUCGUGUGCAGCGGGUUGCCUGUGGCUAUGCACAUACAUUAGUGCUAACAGAUGAAGGUCAGAUAUAUGCCUGGGGAGCCAAUUCAUAUGGCCAGUUAGGUACUGGGAAUAAAAGUAACCAGUCUUACCCUACAACAGUUGUUGUGGAUAAGGACAGGGUGGUGGAGAUCGCCGCCUGCCACUCGGCGCACACGUCGGCGGCCAAGACGCAGAGCGGCCAGGUGUACAUGUGGGGGCAGUGCCGGGGCCAGUCCGUCGCCGUCCCGCACCUCACCCACUUCACCUGCACCGACGACGUGUUCGCCUGCUUCGCCACGCCCGCCGUCAUGUGGCGCCUGCUCUCCGUAGAGCCUGAUGACCAUCUAACAGUUGCCCAGUCACUAAAGAAGGAAUUUGACAACCCUGAAACUGCAGACCUGAAGUUCCUAGUGGAUGGAAAAUACAUUCAUGUUCAUAAAGUUCUUCUUAAAAUUAGGUGUGAACAUUUCCGCUCCGUACUCAAUAAUGAUGAUGAAAUUAUAGAAAUGAGUGCAUUUUCUUACCCUGUUUACCGAGCCUUCCUGGAAUAUCUGUAUACAGACAACAUUAGGCUCCCUCCUGAAGAUGCAAUAGGGCUGCUAGAUUUGGCAACACUGUAUAGAGAAAACAGACUGAAAAAGCUUUGCCAGCAAACGAUCAAACAAAGCAUUUGUGAAGAGAAUGCCAUUGCUCUCCUGUCUGCUGCUGUCAAGUACGAAGCUCAGGACUUGGAAGAAUUUUGCUUCAGAUUUUGCAUAAACCAUUUGACUGUUGUUACACAAACUCAAGGCUUUGCAGACAUGGACCAUGACCUCCUGAAAAACUUCAUUAGCAAAGCCAGCAGAGUGGGAGCAUUCCGAAAUUGAGGUCUGACUACUACCGAGCUGAAGAGCAUAUCCUCUUCCCUUCUGGAAAUAUUUUCCCUUUGGAGAACUCUCCCGUGGUCAGAAUGUGCAAUGGUUUGGAAGGAAAGUCUCGGUGUCCAUCAGCUUAGGGAGUGUGUAGAAGUCCACUGACAUGUAGGCUUUGUUGUAAGGAUGGCUACAGUGUAGGUGUGUGGUGACUGUUCCUUGCCAAGAGCCAGAAUUUAACACAAAAAUCUAAUGCAGCAACUAUCCUUUCCCACCCAAAGUCAAGCAAACUAAGCUUGACAUUAUCUAGUCUGUCUAGUUAUUAAAUUUUUUUAAAGUC